AUGGCGUCUUUGCUUGUUUAUGCAACCCUGCUGACAGUUGCUGUCAUCACCGGACGGUUCAUUGACGGAAUUCUAGCCACUCAAGUCGAAGAAUCACGACAGGCCCAGGUGCCGUCAGAUCUUGUGGAAGAAGACCAGAUUCUGGAACUCGAAGCGAGGUCUGAAAGCGAGAUACAGGCUUACUUUGAUCUUACUGAAGAAGAUCGCGCUUUGCAAUCGGAACUAAGGCGUACGCCUGAAAGCGAUGUUCUGGCACACCAUUAUCGGGUUGAAGAAGAUCCUGUUCUGCAAUUAGACCCGAACGGCAGACCUGAAAGCAAGGUUCUGGCAUACAACGACCGCGUUCAAGAAGAUCCCGUUUUGCAAGUGGACCCAAAGCACAGGCUUGAAAGCGAUGUUACGGCACGAAUUUUACGCCCUAACAAAGACCGCGUCUUACAAUCAAAGCUGAGACGUAAAGCCAAGCAAGUAGGAUAUGAACCCCGUCGAUAUCGGAACAAGGACAUGAUACUCGACUUGUGUCUUCACGGGCGAGACAAACGUCCAGAUCGUCACGAAAACACGGUGCGCAUCUACAAAGACAAUCCGCUUUCGCAAAAGACGGGAGGGUUAACGGAUUCAAUGCUGAAUACUGCUUUGGAGGCGACAAAACUAAUCAUCUUCGUUGAUCACAACAAUGAUUGGAACGCAAUUCACGUAUAUUUGUCGCACUUUUUCAACGACUGCGCCAUAUGGAACGAAAUGCUGAAGACCAAAGUCAUGACCGAACAUUCCCGCCUCAAAAAGGUCAUGGAAAGUGUCUUGCAUGAGCAUCUUGUUGAGUACUCGCUCAGGGACGAUUUUCUUGGCUUAUGGGCACUCGUUCCCAAGAAUAAGGCCAGGCGUCUCGCUUACUUCGAGUCAAAGUGUACCAUGGACCUCCUGGCAGAAGCAUAUGAACAUUUAAGGAGCGCCGUGGAUCUACCACUAGUAUUUGGAGAUCCCAAGUACUCACAACAUCUUUUGUUCAUGAAACAAGUAUACGUGCAUUAUCUGGAAGACAUCUGGGUUUAUAAGCAGCACGCAUCUCACAGAACUGAUUUCCAGGACUUGGAACUAAACUCGGCUUUCGCGAAUUAUACUGAUAAGCACAGAGGUCUUCCAGUCGCAAGAGCAGGGAACAUUUUAAGCUUGCUGGACGUUCCUGUGAACAAAGUCUUUCCCAAACGCAAUUACCAUGGUGGCAAAAGGGUAACAAAUUUCGAACCUUUUCACGACCCUUUCAAUGGCGUGACAGACAUUCAAAUUCCUGCUCCCCGAGAAAAAUAUACUUGA